UACUGGUGAGACAGCUCUUGUCAGCAUAUCACCUCCCCCAUCUCUAUAUAUAUACUUGCUCAGUCUUUGUUUGCAACUAGGGAAGCUGCAGACGAGAGAGAGAGAUGGGUCGAGGUCGAGCGCCAUGCUGCGAGAAGGUUGGCCUGAACAAGGGUUCAUGGACACCAGAGGAGGAUAUAAGACUCAUGUCCUACAUUCAGAAGUAUGGGCAUGGGAAUUGGCGUGCUCUUCCCAAAAAAGCAGGUUUGCUGCGAUGUGGGAAGAGUUGCCGUCUGAGGUGGAUUAACUACCUUCGGCCUGACAUAAAGCGUGGAAACUUCACCCAGGAAGAAGAGGAAACCAUAAUUAAGCUACAUGGAUUGCUUGGAAACAAAUGGUCGAAAAUAGCAUCUUGUCUGCCGGGAAGAACUGACAAUGAGAUCAAGAAUGUGUGGAACACGCACUUGAAGAAGAGGCUCUUGUCUAGAGACCAAAGCCAGAAGACCGACAAGCUCGAAGAGACACCAAGCUCGCCUUCCUCCACCACUACCAACUCGAGCUCCGAUCGAGGCGAAGGCAAGAGCGACAGCGAGCACACCAAUCCAAGUGUAGAUUCUACCAAUUCAUCGGAGGAUAAGAUUGAGAUUCCCAUUGAGCCCAGCAUGGACAUCUGGCUUAUGCUAGAAGAUGCUCUCCCUAGCUCGCCACAAAAAACCGACACCGAGGACAAGAACAUGUGGGAGCUGCAAUUAGAGCCAAAUUCUUUGAAGGUAUCGCCAUGCUCAUCUCCGUCGCAUUCCUUGGCAACGAAUGGCCGUACCAGUGGCGGUGGUAGAGGAGUACAAGCGCUUAACGACACCGACAUGAGGGAGGCUGAGAAGGAUCCUUUGGAGAUACCGGAUGUACCUAUCGAACUGGAGCUCUGGGACAUGAUCGAGGACGGCGAUGCCGGAUUGUUUAGCCCAGGGGUGGGGGCCAUGGAGGAGCUUGGAGUUCAUGGGAAUCCAACAAGCUUGCAUGAGGAAUCUAGCAGAGAAGAAGGGAGCACAAUUUGGUUGGAAUACUUGGAGAAAGAGCUUGGCUUGUGGGGUGCGAGCGAUGACAACCAGGAGUGCCUGAUGAGUCCCUGGACCGAGAUGGAGGGAGAUCCUGUGUCCUGCUAUUUUCAAAAGGGACCCUCUUCCACCUCCCCUUUAGAUCUCCAUGACUUGAAAGUAUCCUAAUACGCUGUCAUGGAUUAAAAAGUAGGUUAGGUCGCAGAACAAAACGUGUAUGUCAUGAAAGGCCGUGGGUAUUGGACGGCUUCCUAACCUUUCAAGAGUCAAAGGUGAUAAAAUUAGAGUUUCAAUACAAAGAAGAUGUUGCUCCUACUACAUAUCAUACUUGCUUUUUGUCACCUUGCCGUCAGCUUUGAAUCAUUGUUCUUUUAUUUUCUUUUCCUCCCCGGAGAAAGCUGACGCAUAUAUUAAAGUAUAAU